AUGUUUAAGCUGGGGACAAUUGGAUUGCUCAGCUUGGCUGUGCUGCUGAGAAUUGCAUUCUUUCUGUUUGGUGUCUACCAAGAUGAGCAUUUCACUGUUAAGUACACCGACAUCGAUUACCAAGUCUUUAACGAUGCUGCUUGGUUUGUUGCACACCGCAAGUCUCCUUAUAACAGAGACACAUAUCGCUAUACACCCUUGUUGAGCUGGCUGCUAUUGCCUAACCAUAUGAUCCCAUGGUUCCAUUUCGGUAAAUUAAUAUUUGUGCUAUGCGAUUUGGCUACCGGCGUAUUGAUAUUACAGAUGCUAAAGAAGUUAAAGAGUAAGUACAGAUAUGGCACUGAUAGGAUGACUAUUAUGGCUGCCAUCUGGCUCUUGAAUCCCAUGGUCAUCACUAUUAGCACAAGAGGUAAUGCAGAGAGUGUACUAUGUUUCCUAAUAUUGUCUUUCCUAUACUGCUUCCUUUGUGAACAAUAUUUGCUAGGUGGUCUACUGUUUGGUCUGUCGAUUCACUUUAAGAUUUACCCAAUUAUUUACGCGCUUCCAAUUGCGAUCUACGUUGCUGCCGCGCAUUACAAUAAGACUCAAAGCGUCUUUAAAUCGAGUUUCAAGUUAUUCCUUGUCGGUUUCUCGACUUUGAUAGUACUAAUUUUGCUAACUGUGUUCAUGUAUAUGCUAUAUGGUGACAAGUUCAUUGAUCAAACUUACCUAUAUCACAUCUAUAGAACCGAUCACAGGCACAAUUUCUCCGUUUGGAACAUGCUACUGUACUUCAACUCUGCGCUACCAAAGACCUCUGAGUUGUCCAAGUUUGUAUUUUUGCCUCAAAUGAUCAUUGUAUUGGCUAUAUCCCUAACACAGCUACGUAGGCCUAGCUCGUUCCCGCUCCUAUGCAAUGUGCUCUUCCUGGAGACCUUUGCAUUUGUCACGUUCAACAAAGUCUGCACUUCUCAAUACUUCAUUUGGUACCUGAUUUUCCUACCAUUUGUCCUAUAUAACACAAGAAUCUCCAUGAGAAGAGGCAUAGUAAUGCUGGUUGUCUGGGUAGCCACCCAGGCUCUGUGGUUGCGCCAGGGCUAUUUACUUGAGUUCGAAGGCCAGAAUGUGUUCUACCCAGGUCUAUUCUGCGCAAGUGUGGGCUUUUUUGUUAGCAACGCAUGGAUCCUGGGCCAGUUCAUCGAGGACACAAUUAUCCAGAACGACUACGUUUACAGGAUAGAACCCUCUGAGUCCAGGAGCAAGGACAGCGCUGUUAUCGAUAAGCCAGCAAUAGCAAAGACAGAAAAGGCCGAGUAA